AUGCCGCAGCUCUCUAAGAAGAAUUUCGUAAAAUCCCAAAAAGCGCAUGAUACUUUCAAACCACCUCUACUAACUAAAGAAAAUAUCGAAAAAGUACUAGGUGAUUCCAAAACCCCAAAUUCCUCAAAUAAACCAUCAUCCAAAACUUCAUCGAUUUCUUCAAAAUCCAAGAAAAAUACUAUCAGAAAAGUAGUAAGCAUUCAGCUAUCCUUUGAAGAACCAAAUUCACAAAGCAGUUAUUCUGAUAUAUCAUAUCGCAUGAAUGAACCAGCAGUAAAAGAUGCUUACUUGCAUUUCGUUAAAAAUUUAAGUCAAGCGACCAUGAAUGACACAAUUUGUUCAACUCCGUUGGUGGACAAAUACGAUGAUUCUGAGGAUAUUUUUACUCCAUCAGAAAAACUAGUCCAAGAUGAUGAAAUAAAAGUGCUUAGCCAAGAUGAAAAAGAAAAGGCAUCAGGAGAUUCCGGUUUUCCACUUAGUCAGGAAAUGCUGAACAGCCAAGAGGUGAAAGAAAAGUACUUGGAUUUUAUGAACAACAUGAUGGAGACAGACGAGUUUAACUUCAUGAAGAAUUUCAAAGAACCUGCAAAGAAAAAAACUCGAAAAAGUAUUUCUGUUUCACACAGUGAGGGUUCAGAGAAAUCACUAAUAAAAAAGCAGAAUAAUAUUGAAAAAGAACCCACUAAGAAAAAACCAAAGCAGAUUAAAGAACCUGUUAAGAAACUUGUUUCCAAGAAGCAAGAAGGCUCCAAGUCUAAAAGUGUUUUCAAAGAACCAAGAAGAAAGAAAGACAAAAAAGUAAAACAGAAUAUCAUUAAUAAGAUUAAUAAGAAUGCCAGCAAAGAAAAUAAUGAGUCUGUUGAAGACGACAACACACUGUCUCUGCGUGAGAAGAUGCUUCUUAUUCAAGAAUCAAGAAACGUAGGGCUGUACUGUCUCUGUGACACUUGUGACAAGGCCCGAUACUUACCCGACAUAAAGGACCCCCUUGAUUUGCCAACUAAGUGGUACUGCUCUAUGAAUCCUGAUCCUGAUCACAACAAGUGCAGUGAUCCAGAAGAGGCUCUGGUGGAUGAGGAAUUCUUGGUGGAAAACUUGUUCAAUGCUGGAAGCAUCGUUUGGGCUAAGAUGGAUGGGUACCCAUGGUGGCCAGCUAUGGUGGAAGAUGAUCCUGAUACUGAGGAUUAUUUCUAUUUCGAGAAGGAGGAUGAUUCAAAACCAAUGUGUCCCAUAUCAGGCUUGGUCCAAUUUCUGAUAGUUGUAGUUACUUUGCUACUGGUAUGCCAUGCAGUCAUUGUCAACAGCUUCAAAAUCGCUUUCAAGCCCAAUUCUACAACUGUCACUAUGUAUGAUUCAGCAGAAAUUACGUACAAAAUCAGUGAUGUUCCACCAGAUGAGACGCAGUUUGUUUGCUUUACGGAAAAUAAACACGUGGCAUCACUGGAUAAAGAGUUUAUAAUAUCCAGCUCCCAUAAUUUGACUGGAAAGUUCAAUAUAAGUGGAAAUUUCCUAGGUGGUACUGUGAUAAAAUGCAAAAGUAAGAGAACUCAAAAUACCGCCGAUGGCCAACUCGACGUGGUUGUGGUGAGAAAAAAGAGAGUGAUUGAUACAGUGUUCACUGCGUCUGUCGCCACUUUGGUCAGCAUACUGUAUAUCAAUUUCGGAUGCGCGAUAGAUUGGGGAGAGCUCAAACAUAUUCUGAAGAAACCGAUCGGGCCGUCCAUUGGGUUUUUCGGCCAUUUUGUCAUCAUGCCAGUGCUGAGUUACCUUCUGGGCCUCCUCCUCUUCCCCGACAACCCCGAGAUGCAGCUGGGCAUGUUCUUCACGGGGGUGUCACCCGCCGGGGGCGCCUCUAACGUGUGGGCGGUCCUCCUGGAAGGCAACAUCAGCCUCUCCAUCAUCAUGACGGCUGUGAGUACGAUAGCGGCGUUCGCGAUGAUGCCGCUGUGGAUCUUCACGCUGGGAAGAGUCAUUUUCCAUAAUGCCAAGCUGCAGGUGCCAUAUUCACAAAUAAUGACGUACGUAAUAGCACUGGUGGUACCUUUGGCUAUUGGGUACUUGAUCCAGAGGUACCUGAAGAGGGUGGCGAACUUCAUGACGAAGAUAAUCAAAGGGUUUUCCUCCUGCCUAAUUAUGUUCAUUAUUGUGUUUGCUAUCGUUACGAAUCUCUACCUGUUUGAACUGUUUUCUUGGCAGAUAAUCCUAGCAGGUAUGGCACUGCCUUGGAUAGGUUACCUUUCGGGCUACCUGAUAGCAAAGUUGUUGAAUCAGAAACCUGAAGACUGUCUUACCAUAGCAAUCGAAGUCGGCAUACAAAAUACUGGUAUAGCGAUUUUUUUGCUCAGAUUUGCUCUACCUCAACCUCAGGCUGAUCUUACAACAGUUGCUCCUGUGUCGGUUGCAAUUUUAACACCGUUUCCUCUGCUGUUUCUGUUCAUUUUCAAAAAGCUCAACGAGAGACUGAGUCAUUCCCAUUGCAGGAUACCCUGUGAGGAUGACCCCAAAAUUGACAAUAACACGAAAGACCUAAUGCCUAUAAGUCUUGUGAAAACUAUCAGCUAA